ACCUGUGUUUACCUUCACCUCCUCCUUUGCAGGAGAAACCCGUCUAUCGUCUUUCUCGCAGCCCGCCCCUGUGGCUGUGUUCCUCCCAUCCCCCCACCUUCUCUCCAUCCAAUCCCAGAGAAUGCACCUGAGCAGAUUUGCCUGCAGGGCUCCGCACCUAAGUGAAUGCUGAUUGGCCAGGUGCAGGCCGCCUGCCCGGGGGCCGCUCACUACCAAUGGUGACGAGGCUGUGUGACUCAUAGGGAGAGGACGGCUCGCUUCACGACACUUCUCCUUUUUCUGCCUCCAACUCAUUCGUCGUCUUGUUUUUUUGUUUUUGUUUAUUUUAGCCGCUCCAUCCCCCACCCCCUCACCUCAUCUUUCAGAUUGUUAGUGUGAGAAAGGUGUGGAGUGGGCCUCGGUUGCUUGUCGCACACCUUCAGUUGUCGCUUUAAAGGCUCUAUUUGGAUUAGUCCCCUCCACCUCGCCACCCACUUGUUUGGCUCCUUUUGUUUUUGACCCUUUCAUUGGUUGUAUCGACGUCACGGCUUGUUUUGAUGCUUUCCGCGAUGGAUAUGGUCACCUGCAUCCUGGUCAUUUGAGGUGUAGAUGCUUCAGGUGGAUCCCGAGCAGGACCAGGCUGCUUCCAGCAGGGCCAGCCCGAUCCUUUGAAUCUCACCUUGUGAUCUCGAAAGAGACAGCCUGACAUUUUGCUUUCUGAAAGUCCGCUUUGGGCCUCUGUAAGGGGCGCUAUCCGUGCUGAGAAAGCGCCAGAGUGGCCACCGCCAUGACCACCGCUGUGCAGCCCAAUGAACUGGUUUUUGAAUUUGCCAGUAACGGGAUGGAUGAAAUCAACCAGCUGGACGACCCGUCUGUGUUCCCCGCCGUGAUUGUGGAGCAGGUGCCCGCCACAGAUCUGCUGCAAGUGUACUCGGGCCUCGAGUCGGACGAGGUGACCAACGGCAUUAUGAUGGACAACACCAUGCACAUAGCCGAGGCGCCCUCCAUCCUAGUGGGAGGCGUGGACCUCUCAGAAACGGUCUCGGCCACUGAAGACAGCAUGGAGACAAAUGAGGCCGCUGCGGCUCUGCUCAACAUGGAGUCCCCAAACAACAUAUUGGACGAGAAGCGCAUGUUUCACAACUAUGGUACUCUGCUGGAGGCGGACUUGACAUAUGCGCCCCUGAGGCCCGACCACAUGGAGAACGGCACCCUUGACAUGUCGCUGGACGAGGACACCUCAUCCAUGGAUGAGAUCCCCCAAAAGUCUCCCUUGAAGCCACAGAAAAAAAACAAAGUGAGGAAGCCCCGGGCGGUGCGCUCAUGCUCCCCAAUCUCCACCCCGAACCUACCACUGAGGAAGAAGAACAAAGAGGGCAAAGGAAACACCAUCUAUCUGUGGGAAUUUCUCCUGGCCUUACUGCAGGACAAGAACACCUGUCCCAAAUACAUCAAGUGGACACAGCGGGAGAAAGGCAUCUUCAAGUUGGUUGACUCCAAGGCGGUCUCCAAGCUUUGGGGCAAACACAAGAACAAGCCCGACAUGAACUACGAGACCAUGGGACGAGCGCUCAGAUACUACUACCAGCGAGGCAUCUUGGCUAAGGUGGAAGGUCAGCGUCUGGUCUACCAGUUCAAGGAGAUGCCAACUGACCUGGUGGUGAUCGAGGACGAUGACGCGGGGUCUGACGGUUACAACGGGUAUGGCAACCAAAGGUCCGCCGGCGGGAGGUCUGUGGCACGGGGGGGCUCCAGAGGGAAGGCUCACCAGCAGGUCAAGCAGAUGAAGAAGGAGCCCAUCGAGCAUCAUCUGCAGCAGGAAGUGCAGGGAGAACAAGCUGAGCAACUCCUGCAUAUACUGCAGGGUAACCAAGGGGCGGACAUGGCGCAGGCUAUGAGGGCCAUGAAUACUCCUGCUUCACUCCCGCUUGUCUUGACGUCGAAUAGUUCUCUCCCGUCUCUGCCCCUCAGCACCGUUCUCCCUAACGGGGACUCCACUCACUGCUCCCCCUCUCGUGUCCUCCGCCAGUCCAUGCCCCCCACCACCACCUCAGCCAAUGACGUGCUGAGCAUCCAGGCGGCCAACGGCUUGCAAGAGGGCCUCCCCCAGCUGCUCGUCACCAACUUCGGCCCGUCCGCCAUCUCGUCCUCCUCCGCCACCUGCACAGUCCCCAUUUCCUCCGCCUCAAGCCUCCCCCGCCUGCUCACAAUCAACACCACCUGCGGGCACACCAUGGUGGCGCAGCAGCCCGGCACGGUCAUCGCCACCGUGCUUAAAUCGGGCGAUUUGUGUGGGCUGCAGGUUAAAGAGGAGAUGCUGGACUCCAGCUACUUCCAGUCCAUGGUCAACGGCGAUCCUUCCCUGGCCAGCACGUUCGCCAAAGAGGAGAUGGACGCUGGCGAGGCGGAGCUGCAGUACCGGACUGUGAUCAUCGACACCAGCCACACCCACGGUCUGGAGCUCGCCAACGAGGCGGCCUUCAACGGACUCUCUUCUCAAAGCAGCAGCCCGUGUGAAGGGCUCACCCCCGUGGAGGAGCUGGAGGUGCGAGGGGAGAUGUCUCUGCAGUCCCAGCAGACCAUCAAAAGCCUGCAGGAGCUGCCUCUGUCAGUGCAGCUGCCCGCAAACUUUAUCCAGAUAAAGACGGAGCCCGCGGAGGCCUGACAUGCUUCUCUGCCUCUUCUUCUUCUUAAGCUCAACUGAAAAGCAACACAUGGACCACUUGGUGGACUUGACGGUGGCUGUAUUUUUUUUCUUCCACAUUGCUGCGGUCUGAUCCAGGAUCAGAUGUUGCUCCUCAAGGUUGCUCAAGUUCAGCCUCAGGAUUGAAUCGUUUACUCACUUCUUUGUUCAUGUGCCUAAAGAAAUGUAUCAAGGGAGUGUUGUAUUUUUUAUUAUUAUUUUUUAAAGAUGUCACAUUUCAGUUUUUGGGCGUGCAAAGAUAUUUUUACACACCAAACUCUUCCCUUAAGGAGAACAGCCAUUGGAUGAAGCAGGGAUGCCUGUCUGCCAAAUGUGCCACUUAGUCUGUUAUUGCCUUAAAUCUCAGUGGACUUGUAAAUGGUGAAAAAAAGAGGCGUGUCUCAGUCCAAACCAAACAUGGGGGGCUGAAUACAAAACAGUGCAAGGAAAUUGGACUUUCCGGCUGAGGGAACGCCAGGAACCAGCGUGCGUCAGUACAGGCCCUCACUGGCAAAAAGGAUUCUAAUGACUGCUUUUGGGACUUUCACCGGAACUAGUUUAUUUGAGUUAAAACCAAAAGGCAAAACAUGUCAGUACUUCCAAAACGUGGAAAUGGGCAUUUGGAAAAUAAGAAGUCUUGGUGCAGACUGGACACAAAGACGGAAAGAAUUCUAGAUUAAACUUUUAUUUUGUAAUCAGCCUGAUGUUUUUGAAGCUGAAAUCCUGUUGAUAUGAGAUGGAAUAUGCACGUGCUCUCUCACUGUAUAUACAAAUGAUAUAUGCUUGAGAUUCACCACGAAGGCCACUGCAAAUUUUAUUUAUUUUAUAAAUUUCUAAAUUCUGUAUAAAAAGGCACAUUUGUACUCUACUUACAUGAGGGAAAAGACAAAGAAUACACACGCUUAGUACAGGAAGACCAAACUUUUAUUUUAUUUUAUCCAUAAAUAGAUAAACAACUUCUAUUUCCAUUGUUUCCGUUCCCCUAAAAUGCUGUUGUACAUAUCCUGCUGUGUGUGUGUGUGUACGCUCUUUUCUUUCUGUUCAGCAAGCAUACUGUAGCUCUCAAGCAUUAGAAGCCUUCAAGAAUCAGUAUCAAAAAAAUAUCAUCAGUCAGUAUGGGUAUAUAAAAGUCACAUAUCAGUUUUCAAAGUCUCUUCUGGGCCAGUGCUGUUUUGUACAUUUUCACAUGCCCUCUCGGCUCCUGUUCUUGUGCGAGCGAGUCCAGUAUGCGCUUUCUCUAUAUGCUGACGAAACCUGAGGCGAUGAGUGAGUGGGUUGAAGCACGGCGGAAACGUGCAGACACUGACCUUGAUCCACAGAGCAAGAGUGACAAACUCAAGUCCUUGUUUGUAGGGACAAGAUGAAUGUAUCCAUAUAGUUCAAAUAUAUGCAAGAUUAUGACAAUCAAUAAUUACACUGGAGACAUUUUCUGAUCCAAAUCUUGUCUAUGCUGCUGCUUUGUUAUUGUUGUUUAUUUGCUCUGUAUACACAUCGUAUAACCUGUUUACAGAGCACCCUCGCCUUAAAGCACUGUUGUUUGUGACUGUUGAUUGUCAGUGGCCUUCUUUAUGCUGAGUAUAGAGUUGAUUUACAAGGCUUCUUUCUUGUGUUGUGACACACGGCAGAUGUCCAGAAAUCACACAGCAGCAAAAAAAAAAAGGGGGGGAGAGACAUGCAAAAAUAUUAAACUUGGAGACAAAACAGGUGUGAGGGCUCACAGCGUCAUGUCAUUUGCUUCUGUUGUCUCAUUCCAGGAAGGAUCAAAUGGGCUGGGCAGCGAGUCUCUAGAAUCGACUCAAAGCGGAACUAACAUUUCGAUUGUCCCUUAAUCGUUCGCAUUUCAAGAGUCUGGUUCCACUUUUCGGUGCUUCAUCUGCCGACCCGAAGAGCUUGAUGAGACCAACAAAGAAGUGCACACACUCACGCGUCGUGCAGAUGCACCAGGUGCUGAACUGGUGGCAUGACGUGCAAAAUGGCAACAUAUGCCACAAUCCCAGGCCGUAGCUGGAGGCUGCAUCACCUUUUCAUUGCAAACGCCGGCACGUUACGUGUAAAUAUCUAAAUUUGUUUUUGCGACAAAGUUUUUAGUGAAGGAGCAAAAAAUGAGACCCAAAUUCUGUUAUCCUGCCUUGCAACCUGGUGUAUGAGGUAAGAAGAAGUACCAUAGUACAAGGCAGGCAAAUGACCCGGGCCUUGUCAAAUGUUAUUUUAGUCUGUGCUUGGAGCCAAUAAAAAUGAAUGGCUGUAGUUUGGACAAACCUGAAAUGUAUUGAAACAGGAAUCAUUCAGAUUCAAACAAUGGCUGACCCAACUAACUUCAUACACUGUUCACUGCAAACUGCAUUUGCAAAGUUGGUUUUAUACUUCAGAAGGGUACCAUGAGAAAAUCGCAAACGCGCCAGACUGAACCACUGCCGUGCAUUAAAUGCUGAUAGAGUUAACGGUAGCAUCUCGGCAACUUCCCUUCGUGCUGGGAAUAAUUCAACCUUUCAGGAAGCAGGUUUGAUGAAUGUGAAACGGUUUGUGGUUCAAAAUGUAUGGGAGGAGCCCUUUAGCACAAGCUGAGAACGAGUGGACUGUGGGUGGAUGAAUACAUUAGCAUGUUAACAUGUGACACACUCACAGCUGCAGACAGCCCAGUCUGUCACCACCACCACGGCGGAGUAACUUGGACAGAUUUUUCAAGAGAGUGUGUGUGUGUUACUACAGCAUGAAUGGUGGCUGUGCGUGGGUGUUGGCUGAGGAAGCUGUCUGGAAUUGGGGCUUGCCUCCUGCGUCGACACCCUCGUGCUGCAUGCCCAGCUGUGUGGCACGACGUCUUUGCUGAAAGUUCCAUCUCAAUUGUUGGAAAACGAGGGGUGGGGGGUGGGUGGGAUCAACCCGUUCAUCAACAAACAAGCCUCUAUUUCAUCACCACGCUUGCAUCGAUCGGCUGCCAACAGUGAGCUUGCUAUGGAUGACUCAAAUAAGAGAAGAUGACAAUAAUGUAACACUAUUCCGUUACUAAAUGAGUCAAAAAGCCAUAAGAUCGCAUGAGUCCCCAUGGAGUGGGGGAAAAAAAGAGUGGAGUGACUAUUUCGGUGUUGCCCGCGGCCACUGACACAGUUCCAGUGUUUACUGCUGUGCCCCUUGCUGUGGGAGCACUUGAAGGAUGACGGCUGACAUGUUGGCGCCUCCAGCGUUUGUUGAGAAGCGGUGCAGGGACGAUCUUCGUUUAACCCACCGCGCUAAAUGCAACAUGGCAGAAUAUGCCAUCUGUGAGGCCUGCUCGUAUAAAACAUCCUGUAACAAAGGCAAUGGGGAAAAGAAACAA